ACAUUAAACUGAACGGACACGACUGAAACAGAAAGGAAGAGUACACUCCUACAGUGAGAGGUAGAUAACAUAACUGGUUUGAUUUGUUUAAUUAACAGUGUAAGGGUUCUUGUUUUGGCGGUUUGUGGUAAAUUGAACCGACAUUAUAAUAUCUAGUAUCAUAACAAAAAGGGGAAAGUUGUUUCUCGCUUCUUCUACAUCGUUAGCUCGAGACUUAGCGACAGUAUCUACAGACACAGACCAGCUGUCCAAAUGACAACUCUGAUUUGCACUUUGCAAGACCAUCGGGAUGAUGUCAACUGGUGUGCCUUCUCCGGCAGCCUGCUCGCCACAUGUUCAGGAGAUAAAACGCUACGGGUUUACAACACACGGGACUUUUCAGAGAUGCCCUUUUCGCCGCUGUCAGGGCAUGGCUACAGCGUCCACUGCUGUUGCUUCAGCACCUGUGGGCAGUUCCUCGCCUCCUGUUCCACUGAUGCUACCAUAAUGGUUUGGUCCACGGUCUCUGGUGAGAUUGAAGCCAUUCUGGAGCAUCCUGGUCGCAGUCCUGUGAGGAUCUGUGCACUCUCCCCUGACUCUGCACGCUUGGUCUCUGGUGCGUCUGAUGGCACACUAGCGCUGUGGGAUUUCCCCUCCAAACAAUUACAAAGGACCGGAGCGGUAAAUGACACAACGCUGGUAGCCUGCUCCUUCAGCCCUUGCAGUCAGGUGUUCAUGACGGGCUCCACCUACGGAGACCUCCGUCUUUGGGACCUGGACAUGAGACAGCUCCAUGUAGAGAAAAACGCACAUGACCUGGGGGUCACCUGCUGCACCUUCGCUCCCCACAUCCUCAGUGGUGGCCAUGUCGUGCAGUUUCGUCUGGCGUCCUGUGGACAGGACAGUCAGCUGAAGAUCUGGGCCAUUAACAAAUUCAGCUCUGGAGGUUAUAAGAUGCAGCUUCUUCAUACACUUACCGGUCAGACAGCUCCAGUCCUCUCCUGUGCGUACUCCUCUGAUGGACAGCUGCUGGUGUCUGGCUCUGUGGACAAAACUGUCACAGUCUACGAUGCUAACAAUGCAGUUCUGCUUUACAUGCUGAACCAGCAUGAGAGGUACGUGACGGCAUGUUCCUUCUCUCCGACUGCACCUCUCAUUGCUACAGGAUCCAUGGAUAAGACUGUAAACAUCUGGAGGCUGGAGGACGGAUGCAGAGGCCAAAAUGGGAAAUCUGUUCAUGAGAGGUCUGCUCUGACAGCCAGUGAAGGGAGAACGGCUGCUGGGCGAUCAAAGAUGCUGGUCGGGGAUUGGUCAGAGGAAGACGUGUCAGUGUGGCUGGUGGAGGAGGGCCUCGGGGGAUUGGUGGAGAAAUUCACGACCAACAACAUCGAUGGGACGGAGCUGCUCGGUCUCACCAAGGAAACACUGGCGUCAGAGCUGCACAUAGAGUCUGUAGGCCUGCGUAACAAACUUCUGAGGAAGGUGGAGGAGCUGAAAAAUGAUUCAGUGUGUUCAGGCAUUCCUGAUGAGUUUCUGUGUCCAAUCACCAGGGAGCUGAUGAGAGAGCCUGUCAUUGCUGCUGAUGGAUACUCGUAUGAAAGAGAGGCCAUCGAGAGCUGGAUUAACACCAAGAACCGCUCCAGCCCCAUGACCAACCUCCCCUUACUGACCACCCUGCUCACCCCCAACCACACCCUGAAGAUGGCCAUCGGUCGCUGGAAGACCAGCCACUAACAUCUGAAAGCCCUCUGACCCAUAAUGCCUUUUUGUUUUCGAAAAAGAGACUAGAAUAUGGUGCUCACAGGGAAGCCAGAACAUUUCAGUAAAGGUGUGUCUAUAUAGUCACAUUUGAGGCCUCUGUUAAAAACUAAAGAUGCAACAUUUGACAGGUGAGGAUUAGUACGGCCGAACCAUACUUAAUGGUCUAAAUAUACUUAAAACUUUUCCAGCUUACAAGUUGCAUGCAAACAGUUGCUAUGGCACCCAUUUGAUAUGGCACUCCUUAAGGACAAUAGAUACAAUCUCUGAUUUAUUUUAAUAAAGUCUUAAUAGCUAGCCUCAGGUCAUUUUAGGUGUUGGACAUGCAUAUUAUCUGUUUUAGUUCACCUUUUAAUAAAAUCAAUGCAUAAAAUACAUUGAUACACCAAAGUUUUGUGCAACUGUGCUGACUGUCCCUGAAGCGGAAAAAAAUCUGUCACUGCAGAUGAAAUAUUCGCUAGCAUGUCAUUUACAGUCAAACUCAGAAAGACACUUUUGUCUACUUGCCUUUUCAAAUGUAUAAACAUAGUUACUUAAUUCUUAGUAUUAUGAUGCCCUCCCCCACUGUGCUGUACUGAAAAUACAAUAAUUAUUUAAGAUUAUAAUCAAUAAUUUUAAAUAAAAAUAAUUACAUCAGCAACACUACAGGCUGUAAAUGUAAAUACAAAAAUAACAUUUAUUUUUAUGAUGUAAUCUAUGAUUUCUGGGGAUUUUUCCCACUCUUACUUUACCAAAGUAGCAUUAAUUGAACUAUUCUCUUAAAUAUCUUUAUUAAGCCUAAUUCAUACUUGCACAAAUGCAAUUUAGACUUCAGGGUAACCUACCCAGAAAAUGUUCUGACCUGCUUGUUCACACUUGUCCCUCACAGCAGGAAGAUUUCCUGCAGUUUGCCUGUCAGACAAUGGCGGGAUAGUCGAGGGAAAAUACAAGGGAGCUAGCAGGAAAAAUUUAGGGUAAAAUCUGGGUGAAAAAUCCAGCUGUUUUGUUUUUAACCAAUGAAGCUUAUUCAGGUAGAUUUUCUGUUUGUGAAUAAUGGCUCUAGACUUUACGCUGAUGUUUCUGGCUUGUAUGAUCCCAUUUUUCACCCCUCUAUUGCCUGAUGGGAAAACUGCAAGAAAACUUCCUGCUGUGGGAGACAAGUGUGAUCAAGUAAGGCUGGUCACAUACUAGAGUAUUUUCAAAUCUUAAAUCAUUUUAAAAACAUGGGAGACCACAGACAUAAGGAAGAAUUCAAAUGGUUUUUCAUCUUAUAAUCCCUCUGAGGGCUCACCAGAUGCUUGGUUCUCAACUGGUGGGUCGGGACCCAAAAGUGGGUCACGAAACCAUUUUCAGUGGGUCACAGUUGUGUGCCUGGAAACAAAAUAUGUGGCAAAAAGUCUAUGAUGUGCUUUUAUUUUGAAGGAAAUGUCUUCAUCUCUUUGUUCAGCUACAUUUUUUGUUCUAUUUAAUAUCCAAAGUGACCCAUUUUUCAUUAAAACAUUUGUUAUGAUUGAAAAAUUUAAGAAUCUGGGUCACAAUUUGUCAUUGUAGAGGUUGUGGUAGGUCCUGAUGCUAAACCAGUAAAGAAGUACUAAUAACCAAAAAGCUGCAACUGUCUAUAACUACAUUCAACUACAAUGUGUUGUUUCUUUGCAGUUGGAUCAACAUAACAAAACAAAAUCAUCACCCCAGAAGGAAACUGUUAAUUCUCUGCUAAUAUCUGAGGUAUAAUUUAAUUGAGCAUGAGCUCAAAAACUAGCAAUGCCAUUGUAAUGUAGCUGCAAACAAUAUUCGCACCUUAUUCAGGUACAUACAUUGGUGUAUGAAAUAGUCGGAACAUUGAAGGAGCUUGCUUGUGUGAAAAGUGCUUGCCUAAAAUAGUUCAAAACUUGAAUGGAAACAUUUGUGCAAUAUCCAUAUUGCAUUUCCCAUUUUAUUGCAUUUUUUUCUUGUGUUAAUUUACGACGCAGCAGUACUGUAAAAGGAAAAGAGCGUUUUCUCUUACUCUGAUACCAUGACAUGGUUAUAUUGUGGGUUUUACUCUGAAAGAAGUAGAUGUAGAGAAGUGUAUUCCUCCAUUUAUAUUUUAUUAUACCACAGUAAUAUUGUGGUAACAUUCUGUAAUCAAUAGUAUGACUCUGAAAAGGUUAUGACCAGUGUGGACAUACAGCGAUGUAAGACGUCUCUCUUUAUCCUUCACUGUCGAUCUUGUUGUAAACUCUCUCUCUUUCUUUGUGUCCAAAUAAACCAAUAAACACUUCAUUUGUUCUCUGCUAUGCAAAAAUAAAUAACAUAUACUGUGAAUAUUGAAGCAAUUAAUUAUUAGCUUAUGACGAGAAGUUUCCUACAAUGUCAUGUACAGUGCCUUUUUUAUCAAAUGUACCAAGAAAAAGAAUCUCAAGUACACAGCCUGUAAUGCUGACGGAUAUCCACCAACAGGGAAAUAUAUAAUCUGCAAAUAUAGUGUACACCGUACAAAUAUAAAUGAUUUUUAAAAGACACAUGACAAUAGAAAUGGUCAUAUCUUCCAACUAAUAGCAUGAGGUUUUCAUAUUCGUGCACAAAGCUUUGUCUGACUUCUAUAUUUGAUAGGAUAAAUUAAAU